UAACCCACCUUUAUAUCUUCAUUCCAACUGCAAACUUAUCUUCCAAAUUCCAAUUCUAGUCAUAAAUGAAGGAUGGACAGAGGAGUAGAUGCAGGUAGGAAGGCUCAAGUAGUAGUGAUCCCAUACCCCGCACAAGGCCACAUCAACCCGACUCUUGCAUUCGCCAAGUCUUUAGCCUCCAAAGGCCUUCUCGUUGCCUUCGUCACCACCACUUCCAUCGCCAAAUCAGCAACCUUCUUCGACUGCGCCUCCCUAACCCUACACACCGUGUCCGAUGGCUCCGAGCACAAGAAGGACCCAAAUUCCUUCGAGGCCUACUUCCGCCGCUUCACAUCCAUCCUCCCAGCCAGCCUCGCCCAAUUCCUCGACCAAAACCAGCGCUCCGCCUCCCCCGCCAAGCUCCUCGUCUACGACUCCACCAUGCCCUGGGCCCUCGACGUGGCCCGGGCCCGGGGCCUGCUCUGCGCGUCGCUCUUCACGAUGUCCGCGGCGGCCUCCGCGAUUUUCUACCAUUUGGGGAAUGGGGGUUUGAGGUAUCCUUAUGAGGAACGUGGGGAGGUGAGGCUGCCUUCGCUGCCUUGUCUUGGGGUCAAGGAUUUGCCUUACCUCGCUGCGUUUAUGGAUGACAAGCAGACCAUUCUCAAACAUCUCUGUGGCCAGUUCUUGAAUCUUGACAAGGCGGAUUGGAUCUUCAUCAACACGUUCGACAUGCUCGAGAAAGAGAUAUUAGAGUGGAUGACCAAAAAAUGGCCAAUUAAGACCAUCGGCCCAACCAUCCUCCUAAACCACAAAGACGACAACAACAACAAGCACACCACCAUCAACAUGUUCGAACCGAAACACGACGCCUGCAUCACACAAUGGCUCGACUCGAAAGAACCCGCCUCCGUCGUCUACGUCUCCUUCGGCAGCGUCGCCUCCCUCGGAAAGCCGCAGAUGGAGGAGCUCGCGCACGGCCUCGCAGCCACCAACCGCCCCUUCCUGUGGGUGGUCAGGGCGUCCGAGGCCAACAAGCUCCCCCGGGACUUUGACCCGGGGGAGAGGGGCCUCGUGGUGGCGUGGUGCGACCAGCCCGCAGUGCUGGCCCACCGCGCCGUGGCGUGCUUCUUGAGCCACUGCGGGUGGAACUCGACUCUGGAGGCGGUCGGGCACGGGGUGCCCGUCGUGGCCGUGCCACAGUGGAUGGACCAGAAGACGGACGCCAAGUUUAUUGAGGAUGUGUGGGGAGUUGGGGUUGGGAUGGGAUUGUGUGAGAGUGGGAUUGUGGGGAGGAAGGAGAUUGCUGUGUGCAUUGAAGGAGUUGUGGGAGGGGAGAGAGGGGUUGGGUUGAGAAGGAAGGCUUGUGAGUUGAAGAGAUUGGCUAAGGAGGCAGUGGGAUGUGGUGGGACUUCUACUAGUAAUAUUCAGAAUUUUGUUGAGGAACUUUUGCUUAGGUAG